UGAAGAUAAGUAGAAGUGAACAGAACUAGAAGGAAGAGGAGGCAGCAGCAGAGUUUGGUGAAGUAGUAUCUAAGCCUGAAUUACCAGAUAUGUACUUCCUCAGUCCUCAUUUCUUCUAAUUUGCGAAUUUUCUUGCUCAGCGUAUAUUUCCGGUGACAAACAAUGCAAGCAGCAUCUCUAUCUCAAACCUUCAUCGUAAAUCCAACUCCACAGGUGGCCAGAUGCAAGCAGAGAGUAGAUGAGUUCAUAAUCCCCACCAUGAAUUUUACACGUCUGCCUCCUUCAUGGAAGCUUAGACAUGCUGCAACAAAAAGGCACUGCUGCUUUCUUUAUUUCAAAUUGCGUCAUUGUUUGUGCGAGUUCAACCUGCUUAAAUUCAUUCAUAUUAAAUUCGAUGUCUUCCUAAUGCUGCCGUUUUAUCAGAUACUGAAAUUACUUCUGCAGCGCACAUUUCUGGCUCUUUGGAGAAGGAAUCGCCAUGUGAAUUGAAAUUGAAGUUGUCUUCUUGUUCUUCCCUCCUUUCCCUUAUUAAGAAAGGGUCCGGUCUUGGUUGGUCUUGCUGAACCUUGUGAUGGAUCAAAGUUACCGGAAGAUCGCAAAGCAAAAAUGCUUCCUCUUCCUUUUCCUCUUCUUUCACGUGGUGAUCCGAUCUUUCUUGGACCCUAUUUGUCGCCAUGUACAUAUGAGAAUGGAAAUAAGAGAACAGGUUUUGUUAUAAUGGUGUUUGUGUGUCGGGUAAACAAGCUAAGGUUUAAGGUUUAAGGUUGUUGUUUAUUAGCAGCCAGGAUGAAGGUUGAGGUGUUUGAAUAGGAGAGGGUGCAAGAAUCUGUGGGUGACAGUUGACACUUGACACCGAAAGUGUAGACAUUUGGAUUUUGGAAUGCCUAUAAAGGGAAAGGAAAAUAAUAUGAGGAGAUUGUGCGGAUCCCUGAUGAGAUAACAAAUAUGUA